UUGGGCGCGGUCGAGAUGCGAGGUGCUCUGACGCCGUUGGCUUGGGGUCAAGCCGAGGCAACGCCACAGCAAAUUUCCAUCAAUCAGCACGCUUGUCUGACGGGCAUUAUUUCUUCUUCCAGAAACCAUGCAUACAGAUGUCACUUCCCGCAGUGCCCAAGCGUUUCUUGGCUUGACCAGGAUUACAAUGGCGAUAGGUCACGCAUGGCAUGUUGUUCGAGUGGCUUCGGCUGGGUUGAAUCCUGAGAACUACUUACGAC